UGUGUGUUGUAUGUGUGGCGAACGGUCGUUGAACCCAGGCCGUAGCGCGGCUGCUCAGAGAGUUGCUCUCUCAGUUGCCGAUUACGCGAGCCAGCGUUCGUCGACCGCCGCGCGCGCUCACUUUAGGGGUGUCGAGUGCCUCGAGCUGUUCUCCGUCUCUCAGUCAGUCAGUCCGCGAACGAACCCUGCCUGCGUCGCUCGCGCGUUCGCCGAGAAGCAAGCAACCCCCGUUGGUGCGUGUGCCCGCCCGGUGCAGUGUGUGUGUCUCUCCCUCCCGACAGUGCGGUGGUGUCGACGACGAAAAGUUUGGUCCGCGCCGAUCGGGAAACCACCUUAUUUAUAGCCGCGCGUAAUUUUAGCCCGGCCGCGAGGCGUGGGGACCCUUUUCAGUCCUCUGGCCGGCUGGCCGGCCGCUGACGUCGCACUUUGGGGCCACUUUUUCUCUCUCUCUCGUUUUUUCGCCGCCAGCUUUAUCUCUUGAUAAGAUUCGGCCUUUGUAUAUUGCACACGUUUUUGGUUUAGCGGUUUGGAGGAUUUCACCAUUUGCCGUGGGUGAUUCAUGCACACGCUUCCUGCCGUGUGUGGAAAUACACAAAAAAUUGUGUUCUCUAUUCUCUCCCUUUUUUUUCGAGAUUAAAAAAAAUUACGAACUGAUAAUUAUUAAUACGGCGGCGAAAAAGACGAGCGGAAAAGCGCUCGGCGUUUGUAUCGGCCAUUGACCUAGGCACACCCCCUCAUUGUGACGUCACCUGCCGCUGCCGGCGCCGCGCCGCUGCCGGCACACUCCCGCGGACAUCGGAUUUUGUCCCAGCCCGGGCCGGGAUUCGAGACCGGGAUUAUUGUGUGCUGGUGUUUUCCUUUCCAGGAAUUGCCCCGACCACCGAAUUCUGCGCUGUCUCUCGAGCCGGCUCGUCACGGCCUGUCCCAAAUGAUGGGUAAUAAUUUGCCGGCGCCACCUUUGGAAGCGUGCUGAUCGCGCGUUGCAGGAUGAGCGGCCGGCCCUGAGGAGAGUCUGUCCAGCCUGCUUUGGCCGCCCGACGCAGGAACAUUAUGCCGUGCGGGGAGCAGCCCUUACCAAGGACCGCAAGCUCGCCUGUCAAAUUGUCUCGCCUCUCAUCCCCCGACUGUCCCAACACCCUCCAAGACGGCAUCUCCGUGGGAAAACUACCUGCAGCAAUACCACAGGGCAGGGGCCCAGCAGCAGCAGGGCGCCGGAGGCCCUGCGCCGCCGGCCCUGAUUCCCCACCCUGGCGGUACUGUGAUGGACGUGAUCGACGAGCUGCUGGGCGGCGGCGGCGGCGGCGGCUCCGGCUGCUGCUGGACUGAGGUGGGCCCCGGCUCGCCGCCGCCGCUCGGCCCCGACGCCACCGUCACCAACAUCGGCGAAAAGCGCAUCAAGACGGGGCCGCACUCGCCCGGCGACGAGUACGCACCCCUCGAGGGGCUGCCGCCGUCCAUCACGGCCGACACCACCACGCCGCCGCCCUCCAGGAAAAACGCCAACAACUCGAUCAAAGCCCAAAUCGAGAUCAUCCCGUGCAAGGUGUGCGGCGACAAGAGCUCCGGCGUGCACUAUGGAGUGAUCACGUGCGAGGGUUGCAAGGGCUUUUUCCGCCGCAGUCAGAGCUCCGUCGUCAACUACCAGUGUCCCCGCAACAAGAACUGCGUCGUCGACCGCGUCAACCGGAAUCGAUGCCAGUACUGCAGGCUGCAGAAAUGCCUUCGCCUCGGCAUGUCCAGAGACGCCGUCAAAUUCGGACGAAUGUCCAAAAAGCAGCGCGAAAAGGUGGAGGAUGAGGUGCGGUUUCACAGGGCGCAGAUGCGUGCCGCCAGCGAAACAGCGCCCGACAGCUCCAUGUUCGAGCAACAACAGCCCUCAUCGUCUGACCAGCUGCCUUCCUAUUCUUCAGGAGGGUACCAGUACAGCAACGACCUGAGCACGUACACGCCGAACGGCUAUGUGUUUACGAACACGCCGCCGCAGACCGGCAUGGGCUACGAUAUCAGUGCAGACUUCGUGGACAGCACCACGACGUACGACCCGCGGCCCGCCAGCUCGACGCAACUAGACCAGAUCGCGGACAGCGCGCUCAUUCCAGCCGCCAACACCACUGCCACGGCGGGUGCCAAGUGCGAGGACGACGGAGGCGGCGGCGGCGAGCGGAGCCAAGUGACCCGGCUGGGGCAGGAGGCGGGGUCGGGGGCGGCGGGGGCGGCCGCCGGCAUCAAGCAGGAGUCGCUGGAGCAGCCGCUGGGCAGCACCGCGUCCAGCAACUCGUCGUCCAGCAACUUGAACAAUAACAGUAGUGGCGUGCCGCCGGUGUCGGGGGGCUUUGUAGAUAGUACCACUUUCACCUCGAGACAGCAGCAGCCGCAGCAGCAGCCCUGCCUCGGGCCCCAGCAGCCGCAGCAGCAGCCGUCGCAGGAGCAAGAGGACGCCGCCACGCCCCUUGUGCAUCCCAACCCGGUGCAGAUCUCAGAGAUGCUGUGCACGACGAUUGCCGACGCCCACGCGCGCACCUGUCUUUACAGCAUGGACCGCAUUCAGGACACGUUCCGCAAGCCACACGACCCCCACAAGGUCAUCUUCUACAAGAACAUGGCGCACGAGGAACUCUGGCUAGAAUGCGCCCAGAAACUCACCACCGUCAUUCAGCAAAUCAUCGAAUUUGCCAAGAUGAUACCUGGCUUCAUGAAGCUGUCACAAGACGAUCAGAUCGUUUUGCUAAAAGCAGGUAGCUUCGAGUUGGCUGCACUGAGGAUGAGCCGUUACUUCGACGUAAUCUCAGGCUGUGUUCUUUACGGAGACACCAUGCUGCCUCAAGACGCCUUUUACACCACAGAAACAACGGAAAUGAAGUUGGUGACCAACGCCUUCGAGCUGGCCAAAGCCGUGGCCGAGCUCAAGCUAACAGAAAACGAACUUGCGCUCUACUCUGCCUACGUCCUGCUCUCCGGAGAUCGACCGGGUCUGAAGGGAGUCGCGGACAUCAACAAACUGAGCCAAGCGGUCUUGCGGGCGCUGAAAAUGGAGCUCGAACGCAACCACCGAUUACCACUCAAAGGGGACGUCUUGGUCGGCGACGCCCUCAUGGCCAAGAUGUCAGAGCUUCGAGAGCUUAAUUUGCUGCACAUGGAAGCUCUGGCCAAGUUCAAGCGAACCACGCCGCACCUCGAGUUCCCUGCUCUGCACAAGGAGCUUUUCUCCGUGGAUAGCUGAGCAUCCGUGGAAUAAAGAGCAGAGGUUCCAACAUCAGACGAACCAAUCAGCAUCAGUUUUGCAACAAAGAAUGUGUGAAGAAGAAGAAGACAGAAGAGUCACACUACAAUUUAUCACGCCGUUUUAUGAUUUGUGAAAAAUCGAAUGAUUGUAUCAAACUAAUACCUGCCAGACUUGUACACGCAUAGACACACAAACCCCCAAAAACAGACUCGGGAGCGCCCAUUCCUCGGAGAAUUUGUACUGACGACGAGAAAAGGUUGAUUCGCCCUACACUUAGUUAAGGAAAGAUUUGUUUGUUGUUUGAUUACAAAGUAUAAUUGGUUAUAUUGGAAGAUAUACUCACACUCACUGAAACACACACACACGCGAUCUACUUUUAUCCUUACAUAAGGCUGGAUUCAAGGAAGCGACGCCGGCCGAGCGCGAUCGAGUUCUCGCGCGCGGCGACCUUCGAUCAGGGAAACAGAAUUGUUGAUGUUAAUUAAAUAUACACUGUUGUUGCUGUAAUAAUAAUACGCCAAUAAGGAUCAAUAUGUAAAAUAACGCGCGAGAUACAAAACCACACACAGGAGAGGAUCCCCGAUUUUUCACGAUUGGUUUUUCCACUCACGUGACGAGACAGAAGCAAGCACAAUAUUCGUACAUAAACAAACACACGCAGAUAUAAUUGUUUAAACAAACUACCGAUGCCGUUGAGAGAAAAGUGUAUAUUCAAUAGAACUGAGACUUAACAGAGAAAAAAUUGACGAUUGCUGCUAGGGCCACAAAGUAGAAUCGAGUAUUAUUAUUAUUAUUAUAUAACCCGCGCGCGGAGAAAUUUACACAAUUUAGAACUGGACUUGCAUUGAUGAUGUAAAGAAUUAACUAGAUUCAGAUUAAAACAAAGAAAACGCGAGCAACAAAAAUAUUAUUAAAUUAAAGUUUGCCUUAUUGUAGAUGUUGUACGUCGUUUUUAAAAGAGAGAAAUUCGCACUGGAUGACGAGAGGUGAUUGAACAAACAAACAAACAAACAAACAAACAAAACAAAAGACGUGGUGGUGUGUUGAUUCUCUCUGCGGAGGACUUAUUAAUAACAAUAAGUGUGUCUUAUUCAGAAAAAAAAAUACAAAUAAAAACAUGCACUCGUGUAAUCUCUAUACAAAAUACGGAUUGCUGGGCGGGCAAUGAGGCAAAAAUUCAGAUAAUAAUAUUUCACAAACACACACAUGAACACACUACUAUUAAAUCUACUCAAGAUAAACACGCUAAUUAAUUCAUUACUGUAUAGCGGAAUUUCAUGAGAUUAUUACCGAGAGUUGUUGGAGAUACAAAUUAAUGGAAAAAAUUAACAACCCUGCUACUCAUGUAAACGAAAGACGCGCUCUUCUAUCUCCUCUCAUUAACCCUGGGGGGCGAAAAAGCAAGCACACACACUCGUAAAUUAGAUUAACUAGACGAUUUGUAUAUGUACACACCGAAAGAAAGAAAAAAAAGAUAACAAUGUAAUGUGCCCACGCAGUGUAGUGAAUCAAAAUUGUCACACUUGUUGAGAACGAAAAAAAAUCGAGAUCCUUGCCCAGAAUUUUGUCUCCUUUUUCGGUUUUGCACGUACAAUAUAUUACAAACAUCCGAAGGACCAAGCCACACAAAAGACGAGAGCAGGAUUUUUUAAUUAUCACCCAGUGUGUGUUCAGUGCGAGGCGGAAAUUUUGUCUGGACGGAACGGGGCUUGUUCAGUUUUUUCCACGUAAAAAAAAUGAGAGUAUAGUGGCCUUCAAAACCAGAGUUUUGUAACAAACGCGUUUCGAUCAGUUACCGCGACGACGCUUUUUCACCUUUUCCAUUUUGCAUACAAAAAGAAAGGAUUAAAAAAACACGCGACUCUUCUUUAACACUUUUUCUCCAUUUCGGAUUGCUUGGUCCUGGUUUUCGUUGGUGAUUUUUAUGAGCAUAAAAAUGAAAACUCUCAGUACACACACACACACACUUAUAAACUAAACACGUAUAAAUUAAAAAGGAGAAACACACCCACUCACGCUGUGUAAUCCAGCAGACAAAUGGUUAAUUAAUGAAUUAAAGUAUACACACACGUAUAAUAUAUAUUUACAAUUUUCUCGUGGAUGAAUGCUGCGCUGAAAAUGAUUUUUCCGGUGUAAAUGCUGUCUGUUCGCUCUUAAACCUUAGGAAAAUGUUCAUUACUAACCUCUGCUAUUAAUUAAUAAGUAAUUGUUUAAUUCUAUAUAAAUAUUAUAGUUAGACACGAGAAAACAGAAGAAAAAGAAACAGAGAUGAGAUGAUUUGUUGUUUUUAUGUAAUGUUGUUAUGGAAAUGAUAAUGAGUUAAAUAUGAUUAAUUAUGCUGCGCAUUGUGUUGUGAUAGACACAAUUCGGUUCGGUCUUAAGUGCUUUUGGACUCCCGCCGUCGUUGCCGUUGCCGCGACUUGAAAUCGAACUCGAAUAAGUGAACCUGGAAGUGAAGAGGAAUUGAGGGGAGUCCAGAAGGUGACAAGAAGUGAAUUAAAAAGAAAAAGUAAAUUUGGAUUUUACUGGUACCUGCUCUAAUAUGAUGAAGAUGAUGACGUUGGAUUUGCGUUAAUUCUUUUUUAAUUGAUUAGCAAAGCUUAAUUGUGUUCUGUGUAAUUUUAAUCGUAACAAGUUUUUUAUGUAUAUCCGCGAGAUGAUUACGUUAAAAUGGCAACUUUUGCUCUAGUGUGAUUGAUCCUCGUAGCGAAAUUGUGUAUAGACAGGAAAUUCGGUGUCCAUGUUUCUCCAUCCAAGUCAUCAGUUGUUGUUAUUAUUGAUUAUUAUUAUUUUUUUUUAAGAAAAACUUAAUUCCCAAAGCGAGGUAACCAACACGCGCGUUAAACCGAAAAUCAUCAUCUCACAUAUUAAACGGAAUAGUUGAAAAUGAUAGUAAGCUUAAGUGAAAAUAUUUUACACACCACAAUAACAUAAUUAUACAUGCAAUUUUUAUUUACUCUAUGGUUAACUCGGUUUCUUUUUUUCGAAUUGUGCAUCCAAAAUUGUAUCGAGAAUUUUUACUUAAGAUUUUGCGUGGCAGAGAAGAAGAACAGAGCAAACACCACGAUGUCUCCUCUCAUUUCAGAUUUUGUAAUAGAUUUUUAACAUUUAAGCGAGACCACAUACACACAAACAAACAAACAAACAAACACACUCGUACACACAUGUAAACCGCGAGCCAAAAUACCAAAGGUCCCGAUUCAGCCCUGGCGGCUGCCAACUUGAGUAAACGCAGGACUUUUGCUACCUUGGCUCGUGGUGCGACGUCAUAGAGGAGGAACAUGAAUUUAUUAUAACUUAUCGGUUGUGGGCAAGGUUGGUUAUUUAUUCUCUCUCACCUCUCUUUAUUCACUUUCUCCUAUGAUAUAGAAACUAAAACUAUAAAUGUUGCUGUAUGUAUAAGAGAAAGCAUUCUGGGACAUUUCAUUAAAGUGGUAUUUUGGCUAGA